GAUAAUAUAUUCAAAAUGGCAGCCCCUAUGGAUCCUUAGUAAGCAUGGAUCGGCCAAAUAAGAGAGGGGAAAAAUAGACAUGGAAGGUGCUUCUGGUGAUAAUUUCCGACCAGAAUUCAAGCGUUACAAGAAAAAAUCUCCUCCUCCUUGUUUUAAGGAAGUACUUGACACAGACAGUGAUGGACAUGAGAAAAUGCUCUAUAGAUUCCAGAUUCCCCAAGAGGAUGACACCAAGCAGACAAGAUCAGAAGCAGCAAGCUUUGGCCUGAAAAAUCCCAGUGAAUGGCAGUGUUAUGGGACUCAUGAAUUCCCAGGAUUUCAAUUCAUCAGGAAUCCCUUCCUGCCAGGAGCUCAAAGAUACUGGGUGAAACGCUGCCUAGCUGACUACCCAUGUAAACCCAACGUUACCAACUUAGACACGCACCAUCACCCUGAUCAGCUUUGUAAUCCGUGGCAGACCAGGAGAAAGAAGGACAGUUCCCAAAGUCAGAAGACCAGAGACAAGACUGUCAUGGACCAGCUGCGAUGGGUGACCCUGGGCUACCACUAUGACUGGGACAACAAGGUCUACAACGAGGACCAGUACUCCCCGUUCCCAGAGGACCUGGGUCUUAUGACAGCCCUGAUUGCCGAGGUACUUGGCUACCCUCGAUUCCAGGCUCAGGCAGGCAUCGUGAAUUUUUACCACAUGGAUUCGACACUUGGAGGUCAUACCGAUCAUUCAGAAUUUGACCUCACUGCUCCGCUCAUUUCAUACAGCCUUGGACAGUCAGCUAUCUUCUUGGUGGGAGGCACUACCAAAGCUACCAAGCCAAUGGCUUUGCACUUAAGGAGUGGUGAUGUCAUUGUCCUGGGAGGUGCAUCAAGGCUUGCCUAUCAUGCUGUACCAAGGAUCAUGUAUGCCUAUAAGGAAGGUCAGCUUCCACGGUGCUUUGACCUAACUGAUGAUCUGCACCAACAAGAGAGUGAAGAAGAAGAAUAUGUCACUGGAAGCACUCUGAAUGUUGGAGAUCACACAGCACAGGAGAAUAUAGAGGAUCUGUGUGACGAGACAUGUAAAGCAGCAGUUGAUGCGGAUAUUAAAGAUAUUGGAAAGCUUUCAGAUUCUGUUGCAUCAAGUGCCACAGGGAAUCAAAGACCAAACAACAACCUUGCUCUGAGAGGUUCGCAACAUGGCAUGAAUGAUCAGUGUAACGAAACAUGCAAUGCAGCAAUUGAUGCCGAUUUUGAACAUAGACCAAAGAACGCCCUUGAACAUUGUCCGUACAAUUCUUCUCCAGAUGAGCCAUGUGAACGUCUAGGUAGCUGCAUCAAGAGAACAUCUGUCACAGAUACUGUCUCUGCAUCUAGGACUAACCCUUCAAACUCAGCAGACCCCUGCAUUACUGACAUUUCUGAGGUAUCCAAAAACAUACCAAGUGCAAUUAGAAGUCUAUCUAGAGAGGAUCUGUGGAAAGAAUUUGAGGAAUACCUGAAACAUGGCAGGAUAAAUAUCAGUGUGAGGCAAGUGACUGGGCCAGGUAAGGGAUUUCCUGAAAAGGAAAGGAGAGGAGAGAGUGAUGGAGAUUUGGUGCAUAGUAGUGAUGCAAAGAGGACUAAAGUAAACUCUAAAUAACUCAGAAUCUUUGUUUUAACUCUGUUUGAUGGAAUUAUAAUUCCUGGAAUUUCAUAAAUACUUGUUCUUUACCAUUAUUAUGUACAUGAUUUAAACACUUUGAUGGGGAAAUGACAAAAAAAAUCCUUUAAAAACUGAAAAGAACCUGUGAGGGCAUUAAAGGGAAAUUCAACAUGACCUAAAAUUAUUGCAAGAAUAGCAGAAUGAUUAAUGAAAAGUACUGGUAAAGGAUUGGGGAAAAUUGAUCACAGAUUAAAAAUGUAUUAGUUUUUUUGUGAAUUGUGACAUUAUUUGGGAGCAGCUUCCCCAUAUAAUGUGAAG